UUUGUUUUAAUUUUAUUGUUUUAGAAUCGCCAAAUUUGAUUGGAUUCUUUUGAAACAGAACAAGUAUUAGAAUGCACCCAUUUUUUUUCUGUUUUCCUCCGUUGGUAGUACCGGAUUUGAGCAUGCGGCGAGUGUAGGGUUAGGUUUUCUUGAGUAAACAUCAACAACCUUUUUUGAAAUUCAAGGAAUAGUGCAGAAGGCCUUCAGUUAUGUUCAGAAAUCGCAUAAAAUGCAACAUGUGUCACUUCAAAAGUUUAAGUCAAGCCCAGUUAAUGAAUCAUUAUGUUCGAACACAUCGGUAUGAUCCACAUUUUAAUGUGACCUGUGCAAGCGAAGGAUGUCGUGCAACAUACAGCAAUUGGGACAGUUUCAAGAAACAUAUGAAAAGAAAGCACCGAGGAGCAGCACACGAGGAUCCAAUCCAAAAUGCUGACAUCAAUCUUGGAGACAAUGGUGAUCUGGGUGACCAAAUUCAAAUUGACAACAGGCCGGAUGACGCUCCAGAAUACGUGCAAGAACUCAUUGGGUUGGACCAGGUCCAGUGGCAUGCGGUUAAAUUUCUCCUUAUGAUAAGGGACAAGUACCGAACAUCAAAUGUUGCAAUGCUGAAGGUUUUAUCAGGUUCGGAACAUCUUAUCCAAGAAUAUGCCUCAUUCAUUCUGAGCCAGAUCCAGGAGGCAGCUAACCCCAACACAAACUUGAUUCAUGUCAACAGAGUACAAGAAUUACUUGAGGAGUUUCCAGCCUCAUCUGUGUUUUCACAUGUAUCGACAAAAACUAUGCUAGAUAGUUUUUUGGUCUCGUCUUUGGGUAUGAUUAUGCCAAAAAUGGUCAAGGUGGGUAAAGGCUGGCGUUGGAAAAGGAAACCUACCACUAAAUUAGUUCGAACGAUUCACUGUGCAUAUUCCAUUCCGUUCCUCCAGUGUUUAAAAAGAUUGCUUCAAAAUCCCCAAGUGCGAUCUUGUGUAGACAAUCCCAAACUGUCAAGGGAUGCCCUUAAAACAAUUCUUGAUGGUCUUUAUUAUAAAAAUAGUGCUAUAUUCAGUCAACAUGUCAAUUCCCUUGCAAUUAUUUUUUAUUAUGAUGAAAUGGAAGUUGAUAACCCUUUGGGUUCAAAAUCUCACAAACUUGGAAUGUUUUAUUGGGUGUUGGCUAAUAUUUAUCCUGAAUAUAGAUCCACGCUACAAGCUCAUAAUUUACUGAUGGUAGCAAAGUACUGUCACAUUGUAAAGUAUGGGAUCAAGAAAAUUUUGGCUGAAUUUAUAGAAGAUAUUAAAGUCUUGGAAACAGAGGGCAUCACCAUCACUGUUAAUAAUGUUGAAAAGAAUUACAAAGGCUCUGUAAUAUUUGCUGCUGCUGACACUCCUGCUGCUGCACUGCUUGGAGGCUUUAAGAAAUCUGUGACUAAAACUAUUCGAAUGUGCCGUAGAUGUCACACAGACCAAGACCGUUGGAGGAUGUAUUUUAGGGAGGAGUACUUUCAUCUAAGGGAUGUGGUGUCACACACAGACCAUGUUGCAGCAGUGGAAGACAGAACUGUGACAAAGGCGACCAAACUUUUUUGGUCUAGACAUUAUGGCAUUAAUGAAGGUAGUGUGUUUAUGGGCUUGGCUGCGUUUGAUGUUACUAAAUGUUUUCCCCAAGACAUUAUGCAUGUAAUAGCGGAGGGAGUUCUGGAAGUAGAAAUGAGAGUGUUUCUAAAAUUUUUGUGUGGUAAUCAUUUCAUUUCACUAGACAUCUUGAAUCGUAAACUGCAACAUUUUGAUUAUGGACACCUGCAUCGUGACAAGCCGAGUGACAUCCACAGUGAUCACUUAGACAAUUCGCUGCGACAGUCUGCAGCCCAGAUGUUAUGUUUAGCAUAUGUUCUUCCAUUUGUUCUUGGAGAUCUUAAAUGUGAUGAUAACAAUCUUCAGAUUGAAGCCAAGGAGCGCCUGUUGUGCCACACAAAGCUUCUUCAAAUUACUACUAUGUGUUACGCAUUUGUAAUCCCUCGUGCACAACUUCAUCUCUUGGCCUUUGCUAUUGAGUCGUUUAUGUCAAAUUUUAAAGCAUUGUAUCCUGAACAAAUGGGCUGA